AUGGCAGCCAAGGGGAGUAUUCAUGACCUGCGUUAUUUGGAUACUGAUCCUGGGUCUGAGGAGAUCGACCCCAACAAUGCCAACGGCAAUGAGCCCUUGGGAGGACUUCACCGGAUCCUGCCCUAUGCCGAUACACCACCAGAAUCAGACACCGAGGAUGACGACAUUUCCUCCGUCAGUAAUGACAGUGUCUCCCCUGAGAUUCCUGAGAGCAAGGCCGAGACAUCGGUCGUUUUUGUUGAAUUCACCAUCGAGGAAGUCGACCCGCUAGAUGACUCUUGGGACGCCCUGGAGGUCAUCCAUCCCUAUGACAUCGAGUAUCCCAGAAGCCGCACCAAUUCCUUUCACAAGGACUCAGAUAAGGCGCUCGUGGCCGAACUGCAAGGUCUCGAUUGUUCAGAUUCAGAAGCAGACUUAGAUGGUGAAGAAGAUGCUUUUUUGAGAAUACAGAGACUCUACCGUAGGAGCAGACGGAUAAGCAUGCAAUCAAGUUUCGGCAAGCGAGCUUAUAGCGAAAUAGAUAACUGGGACGACGACUAUGAGCUGAGUGAUGGUGAUGAAAAUCGAGGCAACGAUAAAACGCGGAAGAGAGUCCACACGAGCACGUUAUUAUUUAACGAUCCACCGGUGCCGAUUAUAGAGCCGGAUGAGUUGGAUUCCGAUGUCGAAGAUGGUGAAGCAGAAGAUCAAAUCCUACAAGAGCUUCCAUUUUUCAACUUAGAAAUCAUGAGUGUGGAUUCUGAUUUCUCAACUACAUCUUCUGAUCGCCACAAACACUCUGAAUCCGAUCCGAUACGACGAGAAGGCGAGAAUGAACAAGUAUCGGAGAUAAGGAGUAACGAAGAGGCGGGUGCAGAUUCAAACGAAGCAAGGCCAACUCGGACUGAUGAAACACGCGACAACUCGCGUGCCAUGGCUUCAGUUGAAUUUCAUAAUAACCAGUCCCGCUCUUCUACGAAAUCGGAUGAAACGCCAAUGUGUGGAUCUAAUUCCAUCGAUAAUACAGAUUUGGAAAGUCUCUUCUCUUCGUUUAGCGCAUCAUCUAUGGAGUCCCUCACAACCCUUGAUCACAGACAGCGCAGCGGUGUAGCUCUCCUCACCGAACUACUCUUCAACCACAGAGAGUUGAGCCCACUGUACAAACUGGCCAUUUCUCGGGUUGAGAUUGGAAAGCUGAGAACGCAUCUCUAUGGCUUCUUCCGGAUAUACGGCAAGGAGCUGCACCGAGAGGCAAGUGACGAGAAGGAGAGGCUGGCUGCACAGUUCAUCCGCAGAUGCGCCAGGCUUCUCGCAAACGCCAUCUGCCAAAGUCUUCAAUCAGAGAGCGGGGAAGAGGACUGGUCGUCCUUGUUAUCCAUUGAACGUGUUUCCAUGGAGCAGAACGUGAAUGAGUGGAUUAACGCGUCAUUGACAAAUGUGGAAAGCCUGAUCCCGCAGGUGAUCGAAGGGGAUGAGAAAAUAGUUGACUCCUCGAGGGCUGAGACGGCCUCUUCUGAAUCGAGUAACGAGGACUACGAGGUCGUCUAUGAAGAGCCAGAAGACUAUUUGUUACUUAGUGAAGUCGAACAUUUCAUCUUGUCCGCAGACGCUUUUUCAAAUCUCAAACUUGCACUUAGGGCCUGGCUGAAUCUGGACGACGGCAACUCAGAAGGCGAGACACCUCUGGAGACCGACCCCAGCGCUGCUUCUUCGAAACAUACUAGUCACAAGCUCCUGGCUCUUCUAUCUAUGAUUAGGAGAGCGGGCAUGGCAGUCUUUCACAAUGUACAAAACGUCUUGAUUCUUACUGGGUUUCGAGAGCCUGAGCUAGUCGACGGAUACCAACGUGUGCGUUGGAAGAAUAAGAAGAAUAAAGGGAAAACGCUCUUUGAAGACUAUCUAGAAAAUGAACCAGGAGCACUGCGGACGCUCGAGGCGUAUCUCAACACCUGUGCCUAUCAGAAGAAUAACACCGGGUCUACAUCAGCCAGUUCUUCAAGCGAACAGAGAACUCACAACACCAAUAGCUCGGCCUCAGGCUCCAUUGGCUCCAGCUCACUUCAAACAAACGUCUCUUGUCACAGCGGUCAAGGUAUAGGCCCCAAUGAGACUACAAGGGCAUUCGAAACGGACAUCGAACUGACGGCCUCUCCUUCUGAAUCACUCCACUUAUUUACUUGUAUUGAACGAGGAUUUCAUAAGUUAGACUUUUCUCAGAAGGUUAUUACGAAUAUUCCAAAUGAUCAAACGUUGUUUGAAUCUUUACGAGAGGAGCAUUAUUGCGGAUACCAGGGACGUUGGAGACGGAUUAUUUCACUCCGGGCCAUUCAAAGCGUUCACUUCAUGAAGGUAGCCGACAAAGAACCUAGCCUCGAUGUUAUCUCUGAGGUCAAUGACAGUAACAAUUUUUCCUCUAGUUUUUAUAUGGCGGCCCCGGCUACAUUGAUCCACGAUGCCACGAAGAAGUUUGCGAAAAGGGCAGGCCCUGUGACUGUAUCCCACCGUCCCGGCUCGUCUGCCCGACUGGGACAGAAUACAAAUGCAGCCCCGUCCCUGCGAGACUGCCCCCCCCUGUGGGGUCACGACUUAUGA